AUGGAUACGGCAGCUUUAGAAAUAGAACUCUUGGAAUUAUUGGAAGAUGAAGGACUGAAGCAGUUCAAAUACAGUUGUCAUUCUUUGUUGGAAUUUUGGAAACACGUGACUGUUAUUAAAUAUCCAAAAAUUACUCUUUGCGCUCAAAAGUUAAUAUCGAUUUUUGGAACAACAUAUUCUUGCGAGUCUUUAUACUCAACCAUGAAAAUGAUUAAAUCUAAACAUCGAUCAACAUUAACGGGUGAUCAUUUAACUGAAUUGUUAAGGACUGUGUUAACAACUUAUAGUCCUGAUUUUAAAAAGUUUACAAGAAAAAUAAACACGCAACAAAUAAGAAAAUAG